AUGACUCUACACCACCACCAUGGUCUUUUCUUUGCUACUUUUGCUAUUCUUUAUUUUUUCACCAUCCCAUUCCCCACAAUUUCAGCUCGAUCAUUUCCCUCUAGCAUGUCCUCCAUGCAAAAACACAAUCCAUGGGAAGCCUUACAAGACUUCACUAGUUCUCGCCCUGGCCAAACUCACAAAGGCUUGUCAACUGUGAAAAACUACUUCCACCAGUUUGGCUACAUCCCUAGCGCACUACCCACCAACUUCAAUGAUGACUUUGAUGAAACCCUCGUGUUUGCCAUUCAAACCUAUCAAAAGAACUUCCACCUCAACGUCACCGGCGAGCUUGACGACUACACUGUCAAGCACAUGAUGCAACCACGAUGCGGUGUUCCGGACAACUUUCAUGCAGAAAAGGGGAACACCACCACGGGUAGCACUAGGUCGAUGGGCAAUGAUAAGACACACUUCCACAUGGUUUCCCUCUACUCAUUUUUCGAAGGUGACCCGCGAUGGCCGGAGGGAACAAAACAACUAACCUACGCAUUCUUGCCACAAAACAAUCUCCACAAUGACUACAAAAGCGCGAUUGCGAGCGCUUUCAAUCAGUGGACGCCGGUGGUGAAUAUAGCAUUUGAGGAGACGUCGUCGUAUGAGAUGGCCGACAUCAAGGUUGCGUUCUACCAUGGGGCCCACGGUGACGGUAGCCCUUUUGAUGGCCCGAUGGGGGUACUUGCGCAUGCAUUCGCUCCCACCGAUGGACAUUUCCACUUGGAUGCUGAUGAGUACUGGGUGGCGUCUGGUGAUGUCACACAGUCACCUGUAGACAGGGCAAUGGACCUGGAAAGUGUGGCAGUGCAUGAGAUUGGGCACUUGCUAGGGUUGGGCCAUUCAAAAGACCAAAACGCUAUCAUGUACCCUUUUAUACCAUCACGAACGAAGAAGGUGGAUCUCACAAGUGAUGAUAUAGAUGGGAUUAAGGCGCUCUAUGGCUUCAAUUAG